AUGAGUACCUCGCGCGCUAACCUAAUUCAAUCAGCAGUCAAUUUCCUACGAGACCCCGCUGUCCAGAAUGCUCCGCUUCAGAAACGAGUCUCUUUCCUAGAGUCCAAAGGUCUCACUUCCGAAGAGAUCGAAGAAGCAUUGAAACAGGCCAAAGGAGGAACGCCAGCGUCACAGACAGAGGGAAGCCAGGCCGCAGUCGUUACUGCCGCUGCACCUCCUGGCCAACAGGUUGUGUAUGCUGUACCCCCACCAGUUCCGCGAAUGGACUGGCGAGACUAUUUCAUUGCUGCUGUAAUAAUAGGAGGUGUAGGGUAUGCUAUUAUCGCCGUAAUAAAGGCAAGUAAUUUUACUCUAUCUCGCAAUACGCACACCAGUUUAAAAUAUGUAGCACCACUUCUAGGGACACCAACUGCCGCAGAACUAGAGCGUGACAAACGGGCACUGACAUCCCAAUUUGAUACUGCAACAGAAACACUUGAUACGGUUAAAUCUGACACCCAGGUUGCACGCAAACAUGUCGAAGAACAAUCGGCAGUAAUAAAACAAUCGCUCGAGAAUCUUGAUACUCUUCUUAAAGCCGUAAAAGAUAACGAUGAAAAACGAGAAGUUGCGAUCAAGUCUCUCAAGGAAGAAAUCGAUGCCAUAAAAGAUUUACUCCCAAAACUUCUUGAAAAGUCAAAAGAGUCCCAAUCUCAGCAAAUGAAUGAUCUCCAGCAAGAGUUAAAGAGUUUAAAGUCAUUAUUAUUAAAUCGGGGGAGCGUAGCGGUGCAGGCGCCUGGUUCGGCGACAAAGAGAACGUCUAAUAUUACUUCGAUUCCACAAAAAGGUGCCACGGUAUCCAUCCCAUCCUGGCAGAUGAAAGAAAACAACGGUAUAGGUGGAGGUAGUAAACCUACAGAGCAAGAAGAUGAAAUGAAUUAUGCAGCUGCUGGGACAAAUGGGGCGUUAACUGAAAAUACAGUAGAAUGA